GUCAAACGGAAAAUGGCAGCGACGAGUGUUGUCGUUCUCGACAGAGGUAACAAUACAACUUGUACCGUAAAUCUUUUCGGAGCUACAGUAGUGUCAUGGAGAGUCAACAAUCAAGAACAGUUAUUUGUAAGUAAACAAGCAGUAUUCGAUGGCAAGAGGGCGAUACGCGGUGGAAUACCAUUCGUAUUUCCACAAUUCGGACAAUGGGCGUUCGGUCCGCAGCACGGGUUCGCGCGGGUGGCGCGCUGGCAUGUGGAGAAGAUGCCGGAGAGGUUGCCCAGCGGCGACGUGGAGGCAGUCUUCAGUCUCAUGGACGACGACUUCACGCGCUCCAUGUGGCACUUCCAGUUCAGACUGACGUACCGGCUGAUCCUGCGCGAGAAGGAGUUACACUUCAACAUCGGCGUGUACAAUCCCAGCAAGGAGCUGACGUUCAGCUGCCAGCUGCUGCUGCACACUUACUUCAAGGUGCCCGACGUGCGCCGCUGUCAGAUCACUGGCAUGCACGGAUGCAUGUUCAUAGACAAGACGCGUGAGGGCGCGGUGUACCAGGAGACGCGCGAGGUGGUGACCAUCAACGAGUGGACCGACCGCGUCUACCAGAACACCAUGCAGGAGCACAUCAUCACCAACGUCGUCAGCGGACGCAAGAUGCGGAUACAGAAGUACAACUUCCCCGACACCGUGAUCUGGAACCCUUGGGCGGAGUACGCGAAGGAGAUCCCUGACUUCGGGGACGACGAGUUCCCGAACAUGGUGUGCGUGGAGGCGGGGCGGGUCGCCGCGCCCAUCGUGCUGCUGCCCGGCACCGCCUUCGAGGCCAGCCAGAUAUUGCAGGUGAUGUAAUGAGUGUGGUGGCGUCGUCCACACACUGCCGUCCAGUCGAGCGUGUUCGCUGCGAGCGUUCCACGAACGAUAACAUCGACAAUACUCCGCGCGCCGCCCCAUCACUAUCGAACCAUCAUACUGUAUGUGUCAACUUUUACUCUAAUAUUAUAUAUUCCCUCACUUUACAUGACAAUAUACUCGAUAAUAACAAAUAUGUGUUAAGGAUCAUUUUCAUUGGUCGGUAUACAUGCGGGGAGAUUACAAAGGCGGAGUAACAACUAAUAUAAGCCAACUGGCAAUAGUUCGGUCGUUAGACAGUCUGCGCAUGUGAAUUGUAACAAGUGCAAAUUUGAAAAAUCUCGGUACGUUAACACCAGGUUUAUAGAACCAAAAACGUUUUUGAUACUUGCUUAAUCUUUCGUAGUUUAAAUUUUUGUUUAUG